GUGGUACUUCCACCCAACCUUACACGAAGGAGGAGGAGGGGAAGAUGGCCGCCAUUCUUCAGGAGAGGAAGGAGAAGAAGGAGGCCAAGAAGAAGGCCGUGAAGGAGGAGCAGGCGGCCAAAUUGAAGAAGAUAGAAGAAGAGAUGGCCAGAGAGAAGGAGAGGAUACAGAAAGAAGAAGAAGAGAAGUUGAAAGAGGUGGAAGAGGAAGAAGACGAGGGACCGCCACUGGAAAGAAGGAGAGGGCAGCAUAGUGGUAACAAGGAUGAGGAAAUGGAGAAACAGAUUUCAGAGUGGGUCGCUAAUUUGUCCUUGGGAGAGGAAGAAGAAGUGGCUAUGUAUAUCCCCAAGGAUGACCAGGAAGCCGCCCUGAAGAAAUGUGAAGCAGAAAAGGAUGUGCUGAAGCGGCAGGCGAUGGAGGAUGAGCAGAGGAUGGAGUGGAAACUCGCGAUGAUGAGAGAAAAAAAGAGAAGGGUGGAGGCGGCGAGUGAGGCGGUCAAGGAGUUAGAAGAAGUACAGAAAGUAAGUCUAAAGUUGACCCCCCAAGUAGACCUCGAACGAAAGGUGGAGAUACUCGCGCAGAGCGUCGAGCGUCUAGCAAAGAUACCAGAACAGCAAUACGAGUUUAGUCGAAGCCAGGACAUAGCUGUGCGCUCGAUGCGAAUGGGAUUUCGGGACUUUGCGCGCGAACUGAUAGGAGCCGUAGGAGCCGAGGUGAAUCAUCGCCUCGAGAAGACUGAGCGUUUUUGUGUUGGCGCCAUUGAAGGCGUCAAAGUGGCAGCCCCCAAGGAGGAGGAAGCACGUCAUCCUCGUCGGGAGCCAGUCAAGGUCAAGUUCCCUGAUUCCUACAGCGGGAAGAGGGAAGAGAACUUUGACAACUGGGAGGCCAACGUUAAGACCUACGUGCACCUGCAACAGGUCUCCCCGGAUCAGCAUGUCUUGAUUGCGAUCCACGCGCUCAGAGACGAAGCUGCCAGCUUUGCAAGGUCCCUAGUUCGCGCCGCCAACUGCAACGAUGAUGCAGUUGCCUAUUCGUCAUUCACCUCCCUCACCGAGUUCAUGAAGUUGCUGCGCGAGCGAUUUGCUGAUGUCGCCCGCAGUGUUAAAGCCUCAGACAGGCUUCAAACAAUCCAUGCUCGAAAAUGGAAGAGUGCGAGGGCACUCAAGAGCACUAUGGACGAACUAGUGGCUGUACCUGACCACGGGGUCACAGACACCCAGUUGGUCGGCCUCUUCUACCGGGCUAUGCCCGAAGCCUUUCGAGGGCACUUCUUCGCGAAGAGCGAAGACCCCACCACUACGUAUGAUUCUCUUAGUCGUGAAGUGGUGGCUUUUGAAGCCAAGUCUAUGUCAGUGUCUACCUCUGGCACAAGGACUUGGACAAGGGAGACUCCCACACCACAUGUGCCUAUGGCAGAGGUUGCAGGCCGGUGUCUAGAUAGCUGUCCAGAGACUGCUUGUGUUAGAGUCUCUCUAGAUACCUCCCUCACAGGCGUGGCCAAAGAGUUGAAAGAGAGGAUGCCCGCCUGGGUCAAGAUGAAGAAGGAGAAUAAAGGGCAGCUUAUAUUAGUAGAUACAGAGAUUUUUAGAGGCAGAGUAGGGGCCCUAGUAGAUUCAGGGGCCACCUGCAGCUAUAUUAGUAGGAAAGCGCUGCAGAAGUUGAAGGUGGGACUUAAAGUCCAAAAGUUAGCAGACCCUAUAAUUAGUAUCCUCGCCGACAAUCGUACUACGGUUGUAGGGGAGUACGUAGAGGGAAUCCAUGCGUAUUUUCGCCUAGAGAAGGAUGGGAAAGUGGAGAAGGUUCUCCACUCCCUAACUCUCCUCGUAGAAGACAGCCUCCCAUUUGAUAUUGUCCUGGGAAUGGAUUGGGGAGAGGCAGCCGGGGCCACGCUCCAUUUGAAGGAGCACGAGUGUAGGCUCCCUAGCUCUUCAGGCGAGGCCAAGGCUGCCCGCCUGUUCCAUGUGUCAGGGGUAGAGAAUCCCUUGGCACAUUGCUGUCUUAGUGCUCCUGCGUUCGCCAGGUUGGUGAAAAAGGAGAAAUUGGAGGAACAGGUUUUUGUUGCCUAUGUUAGGCCAGUGACUGAGCCUACGGAAGAAAAGUCGACGGACCCUGCGAUUGCCAAGCUGCUGGAAGAGUUCAAGGAUCUAACCGAGUCGCUGAUAGGAGUAGUACCGCGGCCCAUCCAACACCGCAUUGAGAUAGAGCCUGGCAGUAGAACUCCUAAGGGCGCUGUAUAUAGGAUGUCCCCACGGGAGUUAGAGGAGCUUCGCAAGCAAUUAGACGAGCUCCUCGAGAAGGGUUGGAUUAGGCCCAGUUCGUCUCCUUUUGGAGCGCCUGUUCUCUUUGUUCCUAAGAAAGAGGGAGAGUUGAGGAUGUGCAUAGACUAUAGGGGUCUGAAUGCUAUUACAGUAAAGAAUGUUGAGCCACUACCUAGGAUAGACGAUCUCUUAGAUCGAGUGCAGGGGGCGAAGUAUUUUUCCAAGAUAGAUUUGAAGUCCGGAUAUCACCAGAUAGAAGUGCAUCCUGAUGAUCAGUACAAGACAACCUUCCGGACUAGAUAUGGGCACUACGAGUUCAUAGUAAUGCCCUUUGGACUAACCAAUGCGCCAGCUACAUUCCAGUGCUAUAUGAACGAUUUGUUUAGGCCGUGGUUAGACAGAUUUGUUGUAGUUUACCUAAAUGACAUUCUAGUGUUUAGCAGGACCCUUGAAGAGCGUCAGGGUCAUCUCAGGCAGGCCUUGGAGAAGCUAAGGGAAGCUAACUUCAAGAUCAAUGCAAAGAAGUGCGAUUGGGCGAAAACCCAAGUUUUGUACUUAGGCCACGUCUUAGACGGAGACGGCGUUAAGCCAGAGGAUGGCAAGAUCGCAGCGAUUAGAGACUGGCCCACGCCAUGUACGCUGACAGAGUUGCGCUCGUUCCUGGGCUUAGCUAAUUACUACCGGAAGUUCGUCAGGAACUUCUCUACCAUUGUUGCGCCCCUUCGCAGAUUGUUGAGGAAGGAGACCAUCAAGAAGUGGGAUAAGGACUGUACGUCUGCCAUGAAGAAGUUAAAGCAGGCAUUGAUAGAGUAUCCAAUCCUUAAAGUCGUCGAUCCGUUUUUGCCCUUUGUCGUCACGACCGAUGCAAGUCAAUACGACAUAGGCGCAGUGUUACAGCAAGACGAUGGCAAUGGGUAUAGACCCGUAGAGUUCAUGUCCGCCAGAAUGCCUUCAGAGAAGGUUGCGACAUCUACCUAUGAGAGGGAACUCUACGCUCUCGGGCAAGCCUUAGACCACUGGAAGCACUACUUGCUUGGGAGGCACUUCAAAGUCUAUUCCGACCAUGAAACAUUACGAUGGUCAAAGACGCAAGCCAAGAUGACACCUAAGCUUACUAGGUGGGCCGCAGAGAUAGAUCGGUACGACUUCGAGCUCAAGCCUGUCAAAGGGAAGUACAACGUAGUCGCGGAUGCUCUGAGUAGGAGAGCUGAUUACUUUGGGGCAGUAGUACAUUACCUCGAUAUAGGGAAGGAUCUGCAACAGAAGGUUAGAGAAGCCUACGCGCAGGACCCUAUCUAUAGUGACCUCCUCAAGAAGGUCAAGGAGGCCCAGGACUGAACCAAACUACCGCACUACUGAGGGGUUGCUUUUUGAG